GUGCCUAACACCUGGCCACCCCGCUCUCAAUCGUCAGUGAGUCGGAUGCGGCGUCUCGUUGCGCACGCAUUUUUGUAAACCGCUCCGCGACCAGCUGUGUUUUCGAACAAUAAUAAAAAUAAAUACGAUAUGCAUUCAUGAAACAAACAGUUAAACAAAGCCAGUGUACACGAGAACUGUUAUGGUUUCCGAUCAACUUGUUACAGCAAAACUGUUUUGAUAACAUAUCCGCCGAGACCGAUUGUGCAUCGAUUUUACUAAGAAAAAAGAAAUACUUUGGGAUUGAAGUGUAAAAAGGUGAUACAGUGAACUCUUGAGGUCGUUUUGUGACUAUGUUAACUCUACAAAGUGUUAUUAGUACAAAAUUGCAUUUGCCUUUAUAUAUACAAGAUUGUUGUUGCCGUAAAAUUGUGAAGUUUGUGUGAUUAUUUUUAGAAUAACGUGCGUGGGUUUACGUAGCCCUCGGAACUAAAUAUUGCUGUGUUUGAUCACGAUUCAUGUGAAGUCUCGCGGGUGAGAAGCCCGACUCGUGCUAACCAUCACAAGAUUAACAGAAAAAAUGAUGUGGCCUUCAUCGCAAGCGAGUAAAAUACUGACUUUUCUACUUCUAGUCAUUGUAGUGUAUUGCAUAUGUAUGGACACACUGUUAUUUAUAAGGAUACAAAAUUACAAAAUAGAUAUUUUCGAUGUAGAAACGAAUGUUACUCAAGAAACAUCAACGCAUAGCGAAGCAAGAACGUUGCCGAACUACGAAGAUGUAACGUGGGUGCCUUGUACCAUUAAUCCUUUAUGCCAUCCGACGGUAAAAGCGCUAAUGGUGGACCAUAUCAACCAUUAUAUUUAUGGGCCUUUGUGUGCGAUAGUGGAUCUAGGUCUAGGCAUUUCCGAUAAUAUGCUUUUAAUAACGCCAAACAUGAUAUCCUUUUUCCAUGUUUUCAUAGCGCUGAUUGGCGCGAAACUGUUGACAUGCCCGAGUUUGGCGUCGAGACGAGUCGGCGUGGUUCUAUUCCAAAUUCGAAUGUUUUUGGAUGAUCUCGACGGGCAUGUGGCUAGAGAGAGAAAGCAUAUAAAAGGCGAGAGGUCCGAGGUAGGGACCAUGGGUUAUUGGGUGGACGGAAUUUGUGAUUUACUAGGUGUUAUUGCUAUGAUGAUAGGAAUCAUUUUAUAUUUACGAAACAAUCCUCCGAGACGUGGUUAUAAAGGCACUCCAGUCAGCACGUUGCCUUAUCACCAAUUAAAAGAAAUUAAUUCAACUGAAGACAUAGAAAAAGAUCACAGUUCUGACAAUGGGAUAUCGUACAAGACAAAAGUGACUUUCAAAAGGAUAGUGCAAGUUAUUGGUUUAUUUUCCGGACAAAUGGUGCUAUCUUCAUUAGCGUGGAACAGAUAUAUCGAUAUUUAUCAGGAUUUACUUGAAAAUUGUACUGAAUACGAUGUUUUUAGACGAGAGAGCAUGUUUAAAUCUGGGAAGUUUUUCUUCGCGAGUGCUAUUUGGAGAAUUGCGAAUCCACACAGUUACUUACAUGUGUUGUCGCUCGCAAUAUUUUGCGAUAAAACAUGGUGUUUUCUCAAAGCAGUACAUUACAUUGGUUAUUUAGGUUUAGUGGUCGCUGUUGGUACCUCAGAGUAUUUAAUUGAUAAUAUUAGAUCGUAUGUUUUGAGUGGGAUGGAUGGACGAUGAGGUAAGAUAUCUUUACAUAAUACUUCUGGUAUUCAUGUUGAAAGUUAUAAGGUGCUCUUGUUAUAAAUGUAAUGUUAGAUAGGCAGUUGUUUCUUCCAAAUUUUAAUAGGUUACAUGUUGAAGAUAUGAGGUUUAAUGAAAGGAAGGCUCGUGGGAAUCGAAGCUUUUUUGUACCUUUGAAUGUUGCGAUUGGUUUUUUGGAGGUUGAAUUCUAUACGUAAUUAUUGUGAGUGGGGACAAGAAUAGAUGUUUUGGUUCCAAACGAGUUGCGUUAUACAUUGUUUAUGACAUGCAUUGUUUAUAUUGUCUAUGUUUUUAUAGACCAGCCAAAGUGGUAUGAAAUGUACGUUUUUAAGUGUAUAAUGUCAGUUUGGAUACAAAUUUGGGCCAUGAAAAUUAUAUUUUAAAUUAGAUUAUUAAGAUCUCAAUGUACCUUAUCCUUGUCAGUCUUAAAUGGAAGAAAAAGUCAAUAUCAUUGAGAAUUGUCUCAAAACAUUGUUAAUUAUUUAUUGUAAAAUUCAAUUUGUUACUGUAUUUAAUAUAAUUAUAUGCUUCAUUCGUUCCUCUGAUAUUGUUUUAAAUAUUAAUUGGUCUGAUGAAUCAUGCGAAAAAGUUUAUAUGAAAAAAGCGAAAGUAUUAAAUUAUACUAAAAACUGGA